AUGUCCACUGCUUCUCCAAGUGCAAGACAAUCUCGACAACCAUCUCAACAACAGUCUCGACAACAAUCUCGACAACAGUCUCGACUACAGUCCCAAGCACAGGGCGGUGCAGAUUCCGAUAAUCCCGAAGAUGAUAAACCCGAAACGAUUUGUGAACGACUAGAGGGUUUGCUGGAGAUGUUUCCACCAGCAGUUAUUGACUGCAUCUGCUCGGCUAAAGAGAACACCUUAAAUGGAGUGAGAUGCGCCUACAGCUGCGCCAGAACUGCUAUUUGGAUUAUGUUCAGUUCGUCUAUCAUUCUGAUUUCGCCUGUCAUUUUCGAAGUGGAGAGGGUGCAGAUGGAAGAGAUGCAAAAGAGCCAACAUAAACAGUUACUAUUAGGACCUAAUUCGGCUAUAUCAGCGGGCGUUCCACCAUCUAUUUUACCUUUGAAAAAUUAA